UUUUGACAGAAGUGGGUUUUGUUUUGUUUAGUUUUUUUGUGACAUUUGUAGGUUUAGUGAAUGGAUUUUAAUUCGACGGAUUCAUACAUCAUCCUUCUGCACUUUGUAAAAGCAUUUGCACUGGUGAUGAUGUUGGGCAACACAAACUGAGUGGUCAAGAUGAGCAACAUCAGUUUAAUGAACACAGAAACCAGUAUCAACUUCGAUGGUAAUGGAAUCCAAAGUCGCGCAGAGGCCGAGUACCGCAAAGAAGAAGAACGACAGCAGAAUGAGUUAAAAGGGCUGUUGAAGGAUGCAUUUGAUGAUCUUGUUGAUGAUGAUUUGCUCUCUGUGACUUCAGAAGACUCGGCCAACAUCAGUGGUUACUCUGAAAGUAAAACACCUCUUAAAAGUAAUGGUGGAAGUGGUGAUAAUGCUAUGUCUGGCCUUCCAUCCAGAGACCAGGUUGCUCGAGAACUUGAUGCCAUGGCAAAUGGAAUGCAGCAUGCCACGUUUGGUGUAAAGUACGAUGUUGAUAACCCAGUCGCAAAGAGUCAGCCAUCAAAUGUCUAUCACCCUGGAAAUUACACCACUAACACAACAGCCAGUGUCGAUUCCAAUCAUGACAGGCAGCAACAUCCUGAUGCCACAAAUCGUUACCAUGGUAACCAACCCAUUCCAGAUUCUGAGGUUUAUCACCUUACCAAUGAACACCUUCAUCAGCACAAUCACCAUAACGACCAGUGGCAUGGUAACGCAGCCGGUUAUGGACACAGCAGUGAGCAUGAUCAGAUCCACCAUCCUCAGCUUCAUCACUUUCACUAUGACGACCCACAGUACGAUGAAUUCUACAGCAACAGAUUUGAAAAUAACCGACUCAUCGAAGGAAGAGAGCGCGAAGAAGCAGAAGGAGGAAAUGAUAUCAUUUUUGAUGAUACGCAAGGACCAACACAAUGGAGUCAAGGUCACACUCACAACAUCGGGUAUGGGCAGAUUGUGGAAGUGCAGGGAAGUAACUCAGUACUUCCAACACACAGUAAUGCAUAUUCUCAUGAAAGAGGAGAUUACGAGAUGAAGGGAGGUAACUCAGUAAUUCCAUCACACAAUACUGCCUAUUCUCAUGAAAGAGGAGAGUAUGAGGUAAAGGGAGGUAACUCAGUAAUUCCAUCGCACAAUACUGCCUAUUCUCAUGAAAGAGAAGAGUAUGAGAUACCCAGAAGUGAAGGACAUUAUGUGCAGCCAACACAGAUGCACAACAUGCAUGGUUUCAGUGAAGACAGUUUUCAGAGACCGGUAAAUUCAGACUCAACAGAGGAUCCGAACCGAUUGAAUGUUCCGACAAGUCACUCUUCUGUACCUGCCUCUCAUUUCAUUAGUGCAGAGCCCCUCACUGAAAUGGUUGGGCAUAAUCCCCAUGUACAUUCUGACUUUCAAGACAACUAUAAAGUUCAGUACAGACACACAAAAACUGGCAUUGAUGAAGCGAAUACAAAAUUGCAAAAUGAAAAUUUAAACAAUCAAGGACUGCAGAGAACAGAGGAUCCCCAGAAAGAAUUUAUUUCACAAGACAUUGGUGAUGGGGGUCAGUUGACACAACUGCAGAUCCUGUACAAGGCUCGGGGUCGCAAGCUGGAGGAGUUGACCAAUCUGUUAGAAAACUACAAACAAGAGCACGGACGAGAACUCCGAAUAAUAAAGCAUCAGCUGUCAAUGGCUCAAGCUGAAAAGGAAGGUGUUGAAACCAGUUACAAACAAUGCCAAGAGUUGCUGCAAGAUUCCAAGGGAGAAAACUCUACACUGACUGGAAAGCUAAGAGCAGCUGAGUUGCAGAUCAAUAGCCUCAAGGAUGUGAAGGAAGAUCUGGUGAAACAGAUCCAGACAACCGAAAGCACCAUUGAAAGUUUGACUCAGCAGGUGUCUGAUCUCAGUCAGUCGGACAGUCUGUCUCGGGCGCGGAAUGACCACGAUGCUGUCAUCUCGUCCAUACAGCAGCGCCACAACCAGGAAGUGCUAGCACUGAAACAGAGUCUCGACAGUGCACAUGAUAAACUGUCAGAACAGGAAAGUAUUAUAUCCUCCUUGAAAAGACAGUUGGCUGAACAGAUGCAGUUGCUUGAACAGGCUCAAAUAUCUCGAGCUGAAAAUAUCAACAGACUUACAAAAAGUUUGGAGGAAAGUCAGCGACAGUGUCAAGCAUUGCUAGAAUCAUCUUCCUCCCAGGAACUCAGUCAGAUUAAGGCUCAACUCAAUCAAGCUUCUGCUUCCAAACGAAUAUCAGAUGAAAUGUGCACAUCAUUACAGAGUGAGAUUCAGGAACUGAAGGACCAGCUGAGCAUGUAUGAGUCGGCCUCGAGUCUAGGAGUGUUUUCUCGCGGUCAGUCGAUGGGCACAAACGAUGACUCCAUGGUGGAACUGGGAAUCAAGAAAACACUAGACUUCAACACUCCGGACUCAAAUUCAAGAUACAGUAGAACACAUGGUUCUGGAGAAAUAACUUCAAGGUUGAAGAAUGAGCUAGAGAGGUGUGUGACAAGCAACAGUCAAAAGCGAGCUGUAAUUAGCAAGUUGAAAGAGGAGCUACGUGUAGCUAAGGAAGAGAUUGUCACACUCAAAGAACGGUGCCAGCGAGCGGAAAAAAAUGCUGAAGAAUAUCAGAAAAAACUGAAGGAGUUUGAAGAAUUGCUGCAACCCGGAAACAAGAUGAGUGCCAUGGAGGCGAGAAUGAACAAGGAGAUAGACAACCUUAAGAAUGAACGGACCAUUUUACUGGAAGACAUUGAGGAACUGAAGAAGCGUCUUUCAGAAGUUGCAAAGAGUGAAGAAACUUUGUCUGAAAUCAACCAGGAAUUAAAUAAGCGCAUGUCGGACAUGGUUAAAGAGUAUGACACCGACAAACGAGAAGCUUUGGAAAGAUGUCAACGAGCAAGUGACCAAGUUCAUGAAGUCACAAAACAGAAUCUUCGACAACAACUGAUGUCAGAAUUCAGCAUUGAGAGAGCUCAAAUUGUAACAAGAUAUGAAUCUGAGAUUGGACAACUGAGAAGUGAAUUGAGUUCUGCCCAGCAGGAAAUCGAUGAAGUUAAAGAUAUGUAUGUGAAAGCUUGUUCAGAAAACAACUUGUUAAGUGAAAAACUUCAAGGGGAAUUCCAAGACAAACACAAAGAAGAACUUGAAAAGAUUAAAGAAGAAUUAACGUCCGAGAAAGAGAAGGAGGUUGAGAAAGUGCGCAGUGAGAUCACAGACAGUCUGAGAGAUGAAAUUAAAGAGGAGGUGAAAAAUGAGUAUGAAGCAACUGUUAAUAGAGAAGUGGAAUCCGAGGUUGCCAGGUUAAAACUUGAAUGGAUGGAGGAGAUGAAACAAAGCAAGGACUUGGCAGUGGAAAACGCCAUCAAUUCUGCGAAGAAUGAGUGGACUUCGAAAUACGAGGAGACACUUGAGUCUGAGGUGAACAAGAGAGUUGAGGCAGCUAAGUCAAAAUGGCUGGCUGAAAAACAGUUAUCAUCUUAUUCUGAACUUCAAACAGAGAAGGCAAAAUGGCAGACAGCAGCUGACGAUCGUUUGGAGGAAGAAGUAAAGAAAGCUGUGAAUCAUGCACGGUCUGAAUGGGAGACAUCUGCAGCAGAAACUGAAAAAUCUAAAACAGAAAGAUCAAAUCUGCAGGAAGAAGAACUGGAAGGACGAAUGAAAGAAAGAGUGAAUGAGGAAGUAGAGAAACGUUUGGCUAAAGAAAAGACAACGUGGCAGCUGGAAGCAGAUAUCAAGCUAGAGAAGGAAAUCCGGCAUCAGAUCAAGAUGGAGAGGACGCGCUGGCAGCUGGAGCAUGACCACGAGAUUGAGGUGGAGGUGGAACUGGCUUUAAAACGGGCGAAAAAGAAGUGGUCCACAACUGCCGAGGAGCAAAAGAAAAUAUCGGAAGAAGAUCACAAAGAAAUCCUAGAGAAUGAGAAGUUGAGAUGGCAGAGAGAGAGCAGUGUCACGUUAAAGGAGGAAGUGAGGAAAGCUGUUGAGGCUUGCGAGAGGGAUUUGGAGAAGAGGUUCCAGGAAAGGCAGACCCAGGAUGAGAAGAGGUUUCAAGAGAAGCAGAUGCAGGAUGAGUUGAGGUUCCAGGAGAAGCUGGAGGUGGAGAAAGAAAGGUGGAUGCAGGAGGCAGACGGGAAACUGCAGGAGGAAGUGAGAAGGAUCGUUGAACAGGAACAGAUCGCUGCAUCUGCAAUGGAGCAGACAGUUACAAGAGAAGAAAUGAACGUGCGGAUUCAGUCAGAGGUUGCUAAUGCUGUUGAAAAUGCUAAGUUGGAAUGGGAAAAACACUUGGAUGUAACUAGAUCAUUACUUGAGCAGGAGCUUCAAGGCAUUAAAUCAGAAAACAGUCGAUUAAAAGUUGAGUUGCACUUGAAGGAAUGUGAGUGGGUUGAGAAACGAGACGCGUUGAUCACACAGAAGGACUCUGAGCGUCGACAGCGUGUUAAGGAGGUUCACGACCAGUGUCAGCAGGAGUACCAGAAGUUCAUCAGUGACCACCAGGACACACUCAACCAGACGCUCAAAGACGUCAGAGAUAAACAUGCACUGGAAAAGAUGAAGCUACAGCUUCGCUAUGACGAGAAGAUUGAAGAGCUUCAGUCGGAGAAACAACAACUUCUCCAUGAGUUGAGAAACCGAGAGACGAAUCAUGACAACAGUCUUCAGGAGACAUCUGUCCCCAAUGUUAGUCUGGAUAUUGAACGACAGGUCUGGCAGAAGGAGCGACAGAAGCUGAAGAAGUCUGUGGCGACUCGUGAGAAGCUUCUCAAGUCUGCCGACAGCCACAUGGCCAGUGAACUGGACAAACUGAAGGCUGAGCUAGAGGACGCGUACCAGGCUCAGUUGGCAGCAGAAAUGGUUGGAGUUGAAGAAGAGCGAGAGAGACUGCUGAACGAGGUGUCUGACAAACAGAAAUACAUCCAUCAGUUGGAAGAGGAGGUCCAGUUACUGAGAACCAAGAUGGCUGAACUGGAAAUGUCACAUAAACAAGAAAUCCUCUCACUGAAGCAGAAGCAGCAGGAACUGAAUUCUCAGUGCAAAAAGACUGAAAAACUCUUACAGGACGCACAGAAUCGUUACCACCGUGAACUGAAGACCGCCGAGGCUGAAAGUAAAGAAACAAUGGAGAACAUGAAAAAGAAGAUGAUAGAAAUGAGGAACAGUCACGCGGCAGCCAUCGAGGCGCUGAAGAAACAGCACGGUCACGAGAAACGAGAGCUCAUUAAACAGCUGAAGAAGUACACAGACAGGACCCUGGUUAGCAUUGCUGUGCAGACAGAAAACUGGGAUGAACUUCAGUUACUGGAGUUGAGAGGACAGUACAUUGAGACUGUGAAGAAGAUAAAAGAAGAUGUAAUGCAGCACACGACUCUAACCAACCUGCGAGCAGCAGAGACUGUCAAGGAGAGUGUAUCCAAGGAGAGGCUCGUCACUGUCAAACAGCUCAAGAAUUUCUACAAAAACAGCAUCCGGAAAAUACUUCAAAAUGAACUCACCAGUGCUGACCUGGAGAAUAAGCUGGCAAGUAUCGACCAAGCACUGGAACAACUGACCAUCAGUCUGUGCAGCACACCAUCAGUAACACCGAGAGAUGCAGGCAGUGAGAAAUACGACCAGAGUGGCAAGACGUCCGUUACCAGCGGAAGCAUUCUUACCCCACGCAGUAUUUACAGCUACACCGGGAGUGAAACCUCCAGUCUUGAGGAAGAAACUAGACCAGAGAUACCAGAACUGUAUCCGAAAUCAGUCAGUUCCAAUAAUGCUGAUUACACUUCAUCAUCAUUCCAGCCUAUGCGGAUAGACAUGACAGAUUCGCUUGAUGAAUCUAGACCAUCUAGGCGCAGCAGCCAGGGGGGAUUAACCAGAGAUUCUCCUUCUGACCUUGUUGCUGUUCAGCGCAGACCACCAAGACAUUCAAACAAUGAUGUGGUUCAGUUGACGGAUUCUCCCAAUAGUGUUGUUUCUCUGAGACCUAGACCUACCAGACAGCCAAGAAAUAAUGGAGAUGGUAACAAAAUGAUGCAAAGAAACACUUUUGAAGAGAGUCAGUUUUCCAGUGUUCCAUUCGGUCAAAUGUCGGAUGGAUCUGCAUUUAGUAAAAAUCAUCCUAGUGCAAAAGAGUUGAGAUUGGAUUUAGCUACGAAUCGGGUUUUAACAGAGGAGAGGUUUACAAAGCCUCCACUUUCGUCAAGGUCUCCAACAUUUGGAACGAACAAAAAGGUUUCCAGUGAAAUCAGUCAGGUCACAAAAAGCAUGGAAGAGGAUUUUCUGACCCCAAAGCUAACCACAUUCCAGCCAAAAUUAUUCAAGGCUAAGUCGGAAAUGACUCUGAAUAAGUUUGGUGGUUCUACUGGGUUCUCAACAGCGGGCAUUCAGAUAAACUACACGUACACUCCACUGAACCAGAGCCUGAAUAACGCAUCCCCAUCCACCAGCCUCUUGUCAACGUGCAGUCUUUCUGACGGGGAUCUUCGCUUGGUGGGUCAGCACCUACCCGUGCUGGCUGAGAAUGGUGGUAAAGAUGAGCCAGUUCUGUUAAAUCUGCAGUCGCUUGGACUGGGAAAUCCAUCACCGAGGAAGUUCAAUCCUGCGCCUGAAAGACUACAAGAUCGGUAUCACUCUGUGAGAUCGUCAGAUGGCGAGUUCAAUAUUUUAUCACAAACACACAAGUCAAACACUGAUCGUGCUCAGUCUUCCAACAAACAAAGAUCAGUGAACCAGUUCAAGGAGUUUCCUGGGAAAAAUAAAAUGCAGUUUGGACUUGUUUCGAUUUCCAACGAAUUUACUGAUAACAUUGGUGAACAGUCAUCUCGGGGUUCGGGUGUGUCACACAGGAAGUCGCUACAAGACUUGACCUCGUUUUCAAUGUCUUCUCCAAAAGAGGAGCGGACUUUCAACAAAAUAAACAAGGUUCUACACUUCAGUGAAAUGACUGACCACUUUGACGACAUGAGCAGUAUUACAAGUCACAGAUCCUUCAGAACUGUGGAACCGGACAGCAGGGUGUUUCCUGGAAAACAGGUACAUCCUCAGCAUCACUAUAGAGAGUCCAACAAGGGGAGACGAUCCUAUGAUGAUGUUUAUCCAAGGGAUAAGUCGGCAGGACAAGCUAGAACAGUACAGCACAUUACAUCUCCACCAAGUAAUGACACAGACCGGGAAAUACACUGAGUACAUGAUAGUGUGUAUUUCAGCAUUUAUUCCAUUUCAUUUAUGCUGUCGAAGAUCAUUAUAAUGACCUCUAAAUGGAAACAAUAUUGACUUGCCUUUACAGAGUAAAAAGGUUCAAUAUAGGUAUUACAUUUUCAACCUUAUGAAAGUUCUAGGUCAUUAAAACUUGGUUUAUAGAUGCACCUAUGGAUGUUCAUCACACACUGAAAAAGUUUAUGGUUGGUGAGACAUUGAAUUCUGCAGAAUUCUUGUAUUUAUAUGUAAAAAGGAACUAUUUCAAGUGCACUUCAUAGACAAUUUGUUAUAAUUGCAAGACUUAUUUAUGGCAGUUCAACUAAGGUUGAGACAACAUUUUCUGUGAUACUUGUGAAACAUUCCGUCCUGUACAUUUUUAUUUUCCGUCCUAACUACAUUCAGAUUUUGAUUGGAUUUCUUAAUGACGAUUUCCGACUUCUCCUGAAUGAGAGUACUAGUAGCCUGUGGUAACGUCCGAUCUCUCUUUGCUACAAGCCAAUAGAUAUGCAAUCAAAAACCUUUGCUCGUAAAAUUGUCAAAUGUUUUGAUUUAUACAGUUGGAACUGAUAUUUUGUGAUGUAAAUCAAAUAUUCUUCCUUAGUGCUUUGAAUAACAAAUGUAUACCAAUGAUAUUUCACGUUUUCAUUCCUAAGUAUUGAGGAUGGUAGUUCAAACGUAACCAUUUUGUUUUAUAAUCGUUUUCAUUCUUGUGUAUAGAAGUUUAUUUCAUAUUCAUGUUCAUAUAUUAUAAUUAUGGUUGGUGCUGAAAUUGAUGUCAGUUGUAAUUCGAAUAUUUUGUUUAUUAGAUUUGAUGAUAUCAAUAAGACUGAAAUGAAGUGUUAUGUAUUAAUCUGUUCUACUCCAUAAUUUAUUUUAAAAUAUAAUAUUGUAUCUGGGAAAGAGCAUAUAAAAGGCCUUAGCUGCAUUUGUGUAGCCUAUAUAGUAGGAGUAGGUUUCCUCUUUUUCUUUUACUAGUUGUUUAAAUAACUAUGUUGGACACUUAAAUAACUAUUCUAAAAUAUGCUGAGGUGUACCAUGACUCCAAACACCUUUUUUUAAAACACUUGUACAAGUAUGCUGUGAUUGCCUCAGAUACUUAAAUUGUAAAUGCACAUUCUGGUCAGAUCAGUAGUUAUUAACUAUGUUUUGUGUUUCCACAGGGAGCAUUUUGUUUUCAAAAUCUUGAUUAGCAGUAUUUCGAGUUAAUUAAAAAUUGAUUAGCAAUUAUGGUUUAAUGUUUUAAAAUUGUGUAGCGAUCUGUGAAACUUGCAUUGCAAAUCGAGAUGUGAUACUGAACAAAAUGUUCCCUGUUCAAAGGUGUCUUCUCAUUCAGUCAUUGUCUCAGAUACUGUUCAUUUUGAACAAGAAUCUCACAUUACAGUUUACUUUGCUGUUCAGGGAACGUUUUUUUUUCUCUGAAACUAUGUAAUAGACAAAAAUACUGUACCAUGUGGUAAGAGGACCAAGUAUCUUUAAAACAAAAUUUUGAUUAUGUUGAAUAUUGUAUCUUUUUAUGUACCUCAUAAAUAAUUAUUUCACCUAUGUUUUGUUUCUGUUGUGCAUGGUCAUUACAUAAUAAGUAUUGUCUGUUUUAUGUUUAUCUGGAAUCAUUAGCCUGUAUAAUUGUAGAGUUGCUGAAUGUUUUAAAGUCAAUGAUUGUAUCAUAAUUUAUAUUUUUAUACCUUGUUACAUAAAAUUUUAAUAAAAACAUACACAUAC